AUGACCUCCACAAGCACAGCUCCGGUGGAUUACUGGCAGUAUGAGGCUGGGGGGCUUGCGUUGACCGUUUCAAUGAUGGUCAUUGCUUCAUUAUCAGUCGUCCUUCGCUUUAUUGCCGUCGCAAAGAAAAAGCGCAGCUACGGUGCGGAUGAUGGCAUGAUCGUUGCCUCCUUGUUGAGUUUCUAUGGGUUUAGUAUCGUGCAAAUCUGGGCGAUGAGGCAGGGGGGAUUCCGGCUCCCUCUCAAAUCAUUGCCCCAAUCCAUGGCCGCGUAUUAUAUCGUCAUCAUCUUCUCGGUGCCCGCAAUCUCAUUCGCAAAGCUCAGCAUCCUCUGUCUCUACUACAGGAUCUUCGUCUCCGCCCAAUUCCGGGUUUGGGUGAUCAUUGUAGGGCUCUCCGUUGUGAUGUGGAUGGUCGGGUCUUUGGUGGCUACCAUAUUACACUGCAUCCCGCCAGAUGCCAUGUGGAAUCUAUCCAAAAAAGCCCAUUGCACCGACUUCAUCCUGCCCUUCGAGAUCAUCGAACCCAUCAACUGCUUGCAAGAUAUUGUGAUCGCGCUGAUGCCAAUUGGGAUGAUCAAGGGAUUGCACCUGGAUUUGAAGCAGAGGGUCUCCCUGUGUUUUAUCUUCGUUCUUGGAGGCUUAGUCGCUGUUAUCAGCCUAAUCCGGAUCGUGCUGAUCGCCAGCCCAAACUCCCCGCCUGAGCGAAUCUACGCCACCAACGACUGGCUGACAGCCCAGCUCUGUGUAGCCAUUGUAUGCGCCAAUCUGCUGACGUACCGGCCGCUCCUUCCGCAACACCUUGUCCCGCGCCGUGUCCCGACAUGGUUCUCCCGUCUGACUAGCAAGAGAAGGUCAAGCAGUCGGAGGUCGACGGAUUUUGAACUUGCUGGCGGCCCAUGCACGCCGCCCAGGCGGAACACCAGUCUUCACAGCAUGAGAAGUGAUGACACGACUAACCCGCUGUGUGCCGCCCGUAGAUGUAUUGACGACUCCUUUGACUCGGGACUGCGCAUUUCUCACGUACUAUAUGUUGUCGACGUCGCACGGCUUAGAACUAUAAUCCGAAGAGCAGUAGCGAGGUUAAUACUCGGAAAUAUCUCUGAUAUCUCAUCCAAGCUUCUCAGCCUUGACCAGGCCUCCAUUGGACAUGGGGUUGGUGGCACCGGGCUGAGAUUGCAGUCAGCCCUGGGGAGGGCAAACUCUGGGGAAGAUGUCGCCGUAGGAACUGAUGCCUCCAACCCUCCUGAUGCCGACGCCAAUGUCUACCCGAGCCAGUAUUCCUGCCCCCUCAUCAUUGCUCCCCGUCGGGACCCCAAUCAAUCGGGGAUGCCUACCUGUGUACGUCCGUCCUCCACCUCAACUCCUCCAAUAAUUCUCCAAGGAAACGAAGUUCCCAACCCCAGCACAGCUCUCUACAUCGCCCUCCGACAACUCGUCUACACCUGCUAUCACAUGUGCGAAUGCAGUCUCGACAUUGCCAAUGACUUGAUGGGUCUCUGAUACAAGGUGCUCGAUUCCAAGUACGAGGGGAAGGCUGUUGAUAGAAUGCUUUGGCGGUAUGAUGUGCGCUUAUUACCUGGGCGAUGCAGAUACACUACUACAUUUCCAGGGCUCUGUUCAUGCGGCUGGUUACCAGGUGUCUGAAGUGGAUGACGUCCGUGGUGGUUUUGACUGUUGCUUGGUGGUGGUAUCAGUGAACUGGGAGCGGUUAGAAAUUUUAUGGCGGGAGCAAGGUUGGAUGUGUCUCUUUGGUGCAUUGCCCUCUGGUUUAUCUAUCUCUUCCUUGUGUCUGCUGUCUUUAAUAUUCGUAUCGCCAUCAAUAGCUGAAGGCAACAUGACUUCUGGUUGGC